AUGUCAAAAAACGAAGCGGGCGGCAAGAAACGUAUCUUGCUGAAGCUCUUCCGCAAGAAGUCCACGCUGUCGCCGCCACCUCACAAGUCCCUGGUAUCUAGCAAUUCUGGCGUGUAUUUGGAUGACGAUUUCACUCUGAUCUUCAAUCAUGCUGACCAGCUGGCUGACGACCUCAAUCUGCACGAUUCCCUUGAUAUCUUAUCCAAUUACACUUUAGAUGAUUACCAUGACGACGAGUUUGACAGGAGUGGCGAGCAGGCCUUUCCGGUGCCUGAAGACUCUGCAGCAGGUAAUGUCCCCUGGGCCGGGCUUACCGGCGAGUCCAUGAUUUUUCCAAAGCGUAUCAAGAUCAAUAAGCGCAGCAAUAAGAGCCCGCGUAUGCUCAACAACUUAUUUCUAGCACAGGAACUUCGUUGCGGUGAGAAACGAGACGUUGAAAGCGUUCUCUCUGACGUAGAGCUGAGCAGCAUUGACCUUUCCGAAAACACGUCCGCCUCCUCCGAAAAUGAGUCCGCUUCCAUGCGAAGCAACGAGAUCUUGGUGAUGGAGUUUAGCAGGGACGGCAAAUACUUGGCUGCCGCCGGGCGUGACAGCAAGAUCUACAUCUGGCACGUCAUCUCGUCUCCCUUGUCUAGGCUCCAGUACAAGAGCCGUGAGGUCUCUCGGAAGCAAUCUUCCAAGCUGAAAGUGUUUCAAUACGCACCAGUUUUUCAGCAAGAACCCUACCUCGUAUUUGAAGGACACACAAAAUCGAUCUUGACAUUGGACUGGAGCAAGAACAAUUUCCUCAUAUCGGGUUCCAUGGACCGCACAGUCAAGCUUUGGAACGUGGAGCGCUCCGAAUGUUUGGAGACGUUCAAGCACGAUGACUUUGUCACAACUGUGAAGUUCCAUCCUAAUGAUGACAGAUUCUUCCUAAGUGGCUCGCUCGACAAUUAUGUCCGUUUGUGGUCUAUAUUAGACAAUUCCAUUGCAUACAGCAAAAACUUGGGCAACGAUGUGCUCAUUACCGCUUUAGCAUUCACCCCAGUUGGUAACAAUUGCAUAGUAGGGGGCUUCAAUGGUUCCCUCUUUGGCCUUGAAACACAGGGUCUUCAUGUCUUACACAGGGUUGAGCUCAAAGAACGCUCUCUCAGUAGCCCAUUCGGGCCAAAGCAUGGCAACAAAAUCACUGGUAUCAAGGUUUUUGAAAACGAGGCUGCCCCAGAGACCUCAGGUACUCAGUUUGCCAAAUGGAACUUACUCAUUACUACUAAUGAUUCAAAAUCAAGAUUGAUUGAUAUGCACAGAACCCGCUUACUCACCCGUUUCAAGGGAGCUACCAACACGAGUUCUUCUAUUGUCUCUUCCUUGAGUGAUGAUAAUCGCUUCAUUAUAAGUGGCUCUGAGGAUCACUGGUGUUACGUCUGGGAGAACAAUAAUUCGAUCAUCAACAACAAGUUAAAAAUUACCCUUAAAGAACUUUACAAUGAGGGUAAGCAAACUGUCAAUCAUACCCACAAAAAAGUCAACAAACUUCUCCAUGAUAACAAGAUCUGGAGAAAACUCAGUUUGCAACGCUUUCUUGAAGACAGUAGUGGCCAACAUUAUAUUCCUAACGAAAACAAUUCAUACGCAUGUUUCCAUGCUCAUCAUACGAAGGUCAAUUGUGCACUUUUUGCACCUGAAAACACCAGAAGACUUCUUGCAUUCUCCGACGAUAUCAUCUAUGAUUUGGUUAGAAGAGCACCACAACUAGACGAUUAUGGUAUUCUCGGCUCACGGAAAAAAGAGAUCGGCUACGCUGAGACAGUAGGUUUAGAUGCGGGCCACAUUAUCGUGACUUGCGAUCAGACCGGACUCAUCAAAAUCUUCCGUCAGGAUUCCGCGUACAACAUUCGCCGUGCCCUUGUCGAGUUUAGGAAAAGCAACAAAUUCAAGUGUCAUCCCUCUCAAAAACCUGAAACUACCCCCAACAAAGACAACUUGAAACUCGAUUUGAGUGGACUCAACAUGCGUUCCGUGAAGACAAGAAGUCGCAGUCCAGCAUUUGAGCACACUCCUUCCAUAAAAGCCAAAUUUCACUCCCAGUUGAGACUGAGACUGGGCACCUCAGCCUCACCAAGCCGGCCGCCACUUGGAUCCAAUAGGACGUCUGCUAGAACUAUUAAGGGUAAUCCUGAAGUCGUGACGGCUAGCUCACAAAUCAGCAUGAAAAAACUUCCCAAGUCUGGUGACUUACAUUCUAACUAUGUCACUUUACCAAUGAACCGCAAUGAUCAUGAAGACAUCCAAAGCUUAUCUGAUCAUCUGAUUUUCAGCGGUGACGAUGUGCUUACCCCUAGAUCGAUGUCGUUAACCAACGGUAAGCUGAACGAUAGAGGAAGAGGGUUAUCAAUGUCACAAGAAGCAACCAACUCUACUAAUCACACGGAGCUUCCUCGUUUUGUGACCUCAGUGCCUAACGAUGAAGGACUCCGCAGUCAGAUCAGCAAGUCAGACAGGGAAAGGUUUUAG